AUAGAAAGCAAAGCAAAUCGACCCCCGGUCCAAACCCAUACUAAAUUUCUCCUUCAAGAAAGCAUAUAGAAAUAGCGAGAGGAGAAAAAAGCAACCUCAACACUUGUUUGAUCUAACUAUGAGCGGGGAGGGAGAAGAUGCCGUACGCCGUCGUACUGCAGUCACCGAGUAUCGGAAGAAAUUGUUACAGCACAAAGAGAUCGAGUCAAGAGUUCGAUCUGUAAGGGAAAAUCUUAGAACAGCCAAGAAGGAGUUCAACAAAACAGAAGAUGAUUUGAAAUCUCUUCAAAGUGUCGGGCAGAUCAUUGGAGAAGUUCUCAGACCUCUUGACAAUGAACGCUUGAUUGUUAAAGCUAGCAGUGGUCCUCGGUAUGUGGUUGGCUGCCGUAGCAAAGUGGAUAAGGAGAAGUUGACUUCAGGAACAAGAGUGGUUCUUGAUAUGACAACACUCACAAUCAUGCGAGCUCUACCACGUGAAGUUGAUCCAGUUGUUUAUAACAUGCUGCAUGAAGAUCCUGGCAAUGUUAGCUAUUCUGCUGUUGGUGGUUUAUCUGAUCAGAUCAGAGAAUUGAGGGAAUCUAUUGAGCUACCUCUCAUGAAUCCUGAGCUUUUUCUUAGAGUCGGAAUUAAGCCUCCCAAGGGUGUUCUUCUUUAUGGGCCUCCUGGCACUGGCAAGACGUUGUUGGCAAGAGCAAUUGCUAGUAAUAUAGAUGCUAAUUUUUUGAAGGUUGUUUCGAGUGCCAUUAUUGAUAAAUACAUUGGCGAAAGUGCUAGGUUGAUAAGAGAAAUGUUUGGAUAUGCACGUGAUCACCAACCGUGCAUCAUUUUUAUGGAUGAAAUUGAUGCCAUUGGUGGGCGACGUUUCAGUGAAGGUACUAGUGCUGACCGUGAAAUUCAAAGAACACUGAUGGAAUUGCUUAACCAGCUUGAUGGGUUUGAUCAACUUGGCAAGGUUAAAAUGAUAAUGGCCACCAACCGACCUGAUGUCCUUGACCCUGCACUUCUACGUCCAGGCCGUCUGGACAGGAAAAUUGAAAUCCCAUUGCCAAAUGAGCAGUCACGCAUGGAAAUCCUUAAAAUUCAUGCUGCAGGCAUAGCCAAGCAUGGUGAAAUUGAUUAUGAAGCUGUAGUAAAGCUUGCAGAGGGGUUUAAUGGAGCCGAUCUCCGAAAUGUAUGUACUGAGGCUGGAAUGUCUGCAAUCCGUGCAGAGCGUGACUAUGUGAUCCAUGAAGAUUUCAUGAAGGCUGUCCGGAAGUUGAACGAGGCAAAGAAACUUGAAUCAAGUGCACACUACAAUACUGAUUUCGGAAAAGAGUAAAAGACAUUUUUGAAGCCAAGGAUGUUUGGGCAGUGCGAUUUCAGAUGUAAUUUUGCUUUCUGUUUUCGUUAAAAUGCUACUAUACCCUUUUUCUAUUUAAUGUAGUACCUUGGGUGAUGUAAUGCACUAUAUUUCAGCACAGUUUUUCACUAUAAAGGAUGGUGCACAACUGUAUUUCUUAAUCAUUAAUUAAUUGCAGCUUAAUACUCAA